UUGGAUGCAGUCUGUCGAAAAUAGACAAAGAAGAUCAGGCUGCGGAGUAAAAGGAGGACGGUGCAUGUGAUCACGUAAACAGAAGAAAGACAUUUCAGUCUGUUUGCAAACAGCUGUUUUUGUUUAAUCGUAUGUUUUUUAUCUAAUACUCCAGCUGUUACAAUAAUGAUUGGCUGCUUAUUGGUCAUUAACAAAUCACCGGAGAGGACUUGCUAUAGUGGCUUUGGAAGUGGUCCUCAAAUAGUGAGUGUUCCUCAAACUCAAUUGAUAUUCAGUCAUGGCUGAGGAACCAGCAGCAGAGAUCCGUCUACUCAGAAGCCAGAAGGUCAAGCUAAUAGACAUUCUCAGUGCCGAUGCCGAUUUUGUCCUGCAGCAUGCAGACUCUCGCUGUCUGCUGUCUGCUCACGGCUACCAGCAGGUAAAAGCUUGCCGUGUUCCUAGUGAGAAGGUGACAGACCUGCUGGAUCACAUCAUCCAGAGAGGUCCUGAAGCAGCGCGGGGUCUGCUGGAACUUCUGAACGACCAGGCCCUGCAGGAAACCUUCCCAAGGCUUCACUUUAUUAAGGACAUGCAAGUCAACACACUGUCUUCAGGUAAAACAUCAAGAAAGAGAAAAACAGCUUCUGACUUACAAGAGACCAUUCCUUCCAAAAAGAUCUACACCAAAGGGUCUCGCAUAGUGAAGGAGAAGCAGCUGAUGACCGUGGCUCGUACCAUUGGCAGAUCUUGGAGGGAGAUUGGCAGACUGGCUUUGGACAUCCCCUCCGUAAAGCUGGAACAGAUUGUAGAGGACCAUUCGCUCCAUGUAGAGCGAGUGUUUGCAAUGCUGCGAUUCUGGAGAACUUGCCAGAGGGAAAAAGCCACUGCUGCUCACCUGCACUCACUGCUCAGUCAGGAAGACUGGGCACUGCCACCUGAAAGCAUUGAUUCUCUGUUGGAGACUGACUGAGGCCGUCACUCUCUGGUACUUGGUGGGACUGAAACCCUGUUUUUACUCAGAAUUAUUGUGUUUCUCUUCAAAAAUUCAUAUCAGG